AUGGAAGCAGAAAGGAGGAAUCAGCAGAGUAAGCAAAAAAAGGGAAGAGUUCACGGCAGCCUCUUGCCUGAGAGAUACCCAGACACUGAGACUCUGACCUCCACUGUGGACAAGAGCACGCAGCCCUAUAAAAGGCUCUCUGGUGUGGGGGUGGGGAGACCAAGACUUUCCCAACAAGGAGGACAGAGGAUUUGCCCGCAUCCUCGGCGCCGACAUCGCACCACCUUCAGCCCAGUACAAUUGGAACAGUUGGAGUCAGCCUUUGGAAGGAACCAGUACCCUGACAUCUGGGCCCGAGAGGGUCUUGCCCAAGACACAGGCCUCAGUGAAGCCAGGAUCCAGGUCUGGUUCCAGAACCGCAGAGCUAAGCAGCGAAAGCAAGAGAGGUCACUGCUCCAGCCACUGGCCCAUCUGUCUCCUGCCACCUUCUCUGGCUUCUUGCCUGAGUCCUCUGCUUGCCCCUACUCCUACCCAACACCACCUCCACCAGUAGCCUGCUUCCCUCACCCCUAUAACCAGGCCCUUCCUCCCCAGCCUACCACAGGUGCUGCCUUUGCUCUACCACACCAGUCUGAGGACUGGUAUCCCACUUUGCACCCCACUCCCACUGGUCAUUUGUCCUGCCCUCCACCCCCACCCAUGCUUCCCCUUACCCUUGAGCCACCAAAGUCCUGGAACUAA